AUUUCAGCCCGGUGAUGCAACCUACCGUAUCUGGGUAAGGUAGGCUGUUCAAUGUUAUAUAAGAUCUCACUUCAUGGGUUAGGUACCUUGGUUUGAAAGUUUCGUCUUAGCUUUGAAGUCGUGUUUCUCCAUCCCUAGUUGUUGAACAACAAAGAGAACAUACCACACCUGCGACCUCAAGGGAGCAGGAUACCAGCCCGACUGCAACCAGAAUGUAUUCCCCGUCCAGACUAGCCAGCUACCUCUCGGCGCUGCUCCUCCUGGCUCACGCCCAGGAAACAUUCGCACAAACGAGAACAACAAGCGGCAUCGUCGUCGUUCCGACACCUCUGGAUUGGGACGCCGCCUACGCUCGCUGUCGUGAGCUCGGCCGCGGCAUGUAUCCCGUCCCCGCUACCCCGACAGACCCGGUUUUCGCCUCCAUCAAAGACCAGCCUGGGGACAUAUUCUGGAUUAGUCGGAGGAGAGGGGGUUCAUGCACAUGCCUGUUCAAGGAACCAAACGGCGGCGACUUGGUGGGAGAGCUCCCAUGCGGUGACCUGUUGCCCGCCGUUUGCUAUUAGAUGGAUUGAACUUGGAGCAGGUGCGAGGGGAGAGGGGACUCGUCAACUUCAUCAAGGACGCACACGUCUUUGACACUUGCCGUUGCUCGACUCAAGAGCGAGAAGAUUCGGAUCAUGAUUCCAGGCAUGUUGGACACUGGCACUAUGGAGUAUAGGUGGAGAUCGCUGUUCACCAUGAGCAAGGCAUGCAUAUACCGAAUACAGGGCCUUCUAUUCACCACAGUUCCCAAACAAGUACUACUCAAUGAUGGUAUCAUACUUCUAAAACAUGUAACAACUACUACUAGGAUUACUGCAGCCGAAUGAAGGAGAGAAAAAGACGGCUUAUAAAAUAUAAUAAACUCAUA